GUUUGAACUCAGGGCUUCAUGCUUGCAAAGCUGGUGCUCUACUGCUUGAGCCACACCUCUAGUCCACAGAGAGUUCCUUUUGUAGAAGCACCUGUGCCCCUCUGCACCCCAAUGUGACUGUUCUCAGCAGCAUAGCCCUUGUGGCUGCUCCAGCUCUUGGGUCUUUCCCCAGCACUAUCUGAAGCUACCAGCACACAGUGAGAGGUCCUCACUGUCCGGAUCCUAUCUAUUAGCUAUUCUUGGGGACUCUGCUGGCAGGCACCUCCACCCACGGCCUUCAAAAACCCCCUUGGAUACAGGAGCUUUGGCAGGCCCAGAUGUUCUAGGCUUUCAUACUCUUAGUGUCCAGGUUCUUUCUCAUCUGCCUUUUUUGACACUUAUCAUCCCAUGACCACCCAAGGACCCCUGCCCAUUCUCCGGGGCACCUGUCUCCCACACUGCCUCAGCUACUCAUGACCUGUGUUGCCAUUGUGCAGUGAGAGAGCUUGAUCGUGGUGUGCAGAGAGCCCUGGACUAAUCAUGGCUGCCCUCACUCCAAUCCUUGGGUGGUGGGCAAACUCUCUAGAGUUUCCUUAUCUGCAGAGUGGAGCCAGCUGCACUCAGCUGUGAAUGAGGCCUGGCCUCAGAGCAGGGCUGGGUAUAGGCUUCACCCCAUCAUGAACCCUAAUACCAUCCCCCCAUUUCACUAGCAGGGUCUGUCCCUUAUUGGAUCAGAAAGUUUCUCAGAGCUACUGGGAACUUGAACAAAUUAGCCAUGGCCCCAUCAGGAGAGCUUUGGGUUGAGAGGUAGGGACUCUGGGCUCUAUCCCUAGCUGUGCCGUGUUCCCUAGAACAAGGCGUGAGUGGAUGUGUGCCUGGGUGGUGAAUACAGAAGGUAGCUGGCCUAUUCUGUCUUCCCCAGACCAUCCCUGGGAAAGCCUGUGAGCCCCUUUUCUCUCAACACCUGGAAAAGACCGUUAGUCUUCUCUGUGCCUAGUCCUCUCCUUACCCAGAAUGCUGACCUCUGUCCAGCCGUGCCUUCCCCUGGGAUUUUACCCUUCUGCAAGAUGCCCAAAAAGUAGGAAUGAGGAAUGCUGGUUCUUAGAAGAGAAAAAGGUCAGGGAAUGAAGGCCAUAUGUGAGCAGCCCUGAGAGGAGGACACACCCAGCAGUGUUCAGAAGUGGUUCCCAAAGUGCCGGAACCACGUACUUCUCAACUCUACACCAGAGAGCCCCAGUCCCUGCCUAGUAUUCUCCUCAGCCCACUCAUAGACCUGCCUGCUUCUCCUCCUCCAUGGUUAAUAAUUCAGGACCAGCAGGUCCUGCUUUCUCUCCCUUCUCCUUUUCCACAAUCUAAAGCCCGGGCUGCUCCUCAGUUAAGGUGGAUGUAGGCCUUCAGUAUGGGGCAACAUUAGCUCAGUUGAGCUCUCACCACCAAUAUACUGGCCCAGUAUGUCCCAGCAUACCUAGGGGCCUGCCUAGGUAUUCAGCAUCAGAGGCUGGAAGCUAUUGUCUGGGGCAGCACAAAUAGCCCUUUGCAGUCACAUCCCAUUACCUCAGGCUGGGUUCAGACAGUCUGUCCAGGGCACUGGUACACUGGUGGGACUGCACUUUUAGGAACACACCUUCCCCUGUUCUUCCAGGUUCUUUUUUGGGAAGGAGUUGCCACACACACUUGAUGUGCUUGGGAUCCAAGACUUCCAAGCUCUGACCUGGCCAAUGACCAGCAGUGAGGGGGACCAGGCUCCUAGUCCUUACCUUCCUGGUCCCCACAUAAGACCAGGAUGGAACUCAGUGAACCAUCAACUGCUGGAUUCCAAAGUCCUUCAGGGAAAACCACAGUAUUUCCUAUCCUCUCUGCUCACCACAUCCUCAUUAAAAUCCUUUGUAUGGACCCCAAUGACACUGAAUGCAGGAGAGCCAGACCCCAAGGUCACCACAGCCCUUGGCCCAGGGCUCCCCAGGGGAGAACAGAACACUGUCCAGUGUCACUCAGGGAAAGGAGAGCCCUUCUUCAUUAAUCCAGGAGGACUUUCUGAAAGAGGGGGCAAUUCAGCUGUUUCUCAUCUUGAGUCUUUCAGAAGGAGAAGCACCUGGUCCUGGCCUCCUGGAGGUGGCAGAAACUGCUGGCAGAGAACCUGACUUGGGCCCAUGAAGUCGGGCCGAGUAACCUGGAGGCUCCCUGAGGACUCCAUCUUGGUUCCCUGAACCCUCACUGCCCAUCACAGAGCCUGGAUCCUAGCAAGUGUCUAGGGUCCUUGGUGAAUUCUGUCAUGGUUAUUUAAGGAACCUUGCUUAGAAGUCCCCACACGCACGCAGUUCCCCAUCGCCAAGAAGGCGUGGACUCCAAGAUGAUUAUAAAGGAAUACCGGAUUCCCCUGCCAAUGACUGUGGAGGAGUACCGCAUCGCCCAGCUGUACAUGAUACAGAAGAAGAGCCGUAAUGAGACGUAUGGUGAAGGCAGUGGUGUGGAGAUCCUGGAAAACCGGCCCUACACUGAUGGUCCCGGUGGCUCCGGGCAGUACACACACAAGGUGUACCAUGUGGGCAUGCACAUACCUGGCUGGUUCCGCUCCAUUUUGCCCAAGGCAGCCCUGCGGGUGGUGGAGGAAUCCUGGAAUGCCUACCCCUACACCCGAACCAGAUUCACCUGCCCUUUCGUGGAGAAGUUCUCCAUCGACAUUGAGACCUUUUAUAAGACCGAUGCUGGGGAAAAUCCCAAUGUGUUCAGCCUGUCCCCCGUGGAAAAGAACCAGCUGACAACAGACUUCAUCGACAUCGUCAAGGACCCCGUGCCCCCCAACGAAUAUAAGACAGAAGAAGAUCCCAAGCUGUUCCAGUCAACCAAGACCCACCGAGGGCCCCUGUCCGAUAACUGGAUUGAGGAGUACAAGAGGCGGCUCCUCCCUGUCAUGUGUGCCUACAAGUUGUGCAAGGUGGAGUUCCGCUACUGGGGUAUGCAGUCCAAGAUCGAGAGGUUCAUCCAUGACACAGGCUUGCGGCGGGUGAUGGUGCGUGCCCACCGGCAGGCUUGGUGUUGGCAAGACGAGUGGUAUGGGCUAAGCAUGGAGAACAUCCGGGAGCUGGAGAGGGAGGCACAGCUCAUGCUGUCCCGAAAGAUGGCUCAGUUCACUGAGGAUGAGGGGGCUGCAGAGCUCGCCAAGGACCAUGCCGCCCAGGACCAGGAGUCUGGGGUGCCCCCUGAGACCAGUAGCAGCAACGGGGAACCUCUGGUGGGACGGGGCUUGAAGAAGCAGUGGUCCACGUCCUCCAAGUCCUCAAGGUCAUCCAAGCGGGGAGCUAGCCCUUCCCGCCACAGCAUCUCGGAGUGGAGGAUGCAGAGUAUCGCCAGAGACUCAGAUGAGAGCUCGGAUGAUGAAUUCUUCGAUGCACACGAGGACCUGUCUGACUCGGAGGAAAUGUUUCCUGAGGACAUCACUAAGUGGAGCUCCAAUGACCUCAUGGACAAAAUGGAGAGUCCAGAGCCAGAGGACACACAAGAUGGUCCGUACCGCCAGAGUGGCCCUGAGUUCACAGUGGCCUCCAGCGUGGAGCAGCUGAACAUCAUUGAGGACGAGGUGAGUCAGCCACUGGCUGUGCCGCCCUCCAAGGUGCACGUGCUGCUGCUGGUGCUGCACGGAGGCACCAUCUUGGACGCAGGCGCCGGGGACCCCAGCGCCAAGCAGGGCGACACCAACACCAUCGCCAGUGUGUUCGACACCGUCAUGCGUGUGCACUACCCCAGCGCCCUGGGCCACCUUGCCCUCCGCCUGGUUCCCUGCCCACCCAUCUGCGCUGACGCCUUCGCCCUUGUCUCCAACCUCAGCCCCUAUGGGCACGACGAGGGCUGUCUGUCCAGCAGCCAGGACCACAUGCCCCUGGCUGCCCUGCCCCUGCUGGCCACUUCCUCACCACAGUACCAGGAGGCAGUUGCCAUGGUGAUUCAGCGGGCCAACCUGGCCUAUGGGGAUUUCAUCAAGUCCCAGGAGGGUGUGACCUUCAAUGGACAGGUCUGCCUGAUUGGGGACUGCGUUGGGGGCAUCCUGGCAUUUGAUGCCUUAUGCUACAGCAGCCAGCCAGUGUCUGAGAGUCAGAGCAGCAGCCGCCGGGGCAGCGUGGUCAGCGUGCAGGAUGCCGAUCUGCUCUCCCCGGGCAUCAUGGUGAACGCAGCACACUGCUCUGGCGGUAGUGGUAGUGGCAGCAGCUCCAACCUAGAGAGCAGUCGACACCUAAGCCGCAGCAACGUCGACAUCCCCCGAAGCAAUGGUGCAGAGGACCCCAAAAGGCAGCUGCCCCGCAAGAGGAGCGACUCCUCCACCUACGAGCUGGACACCAUCCAGCAGCACCAGGCCUUUCUGUCCAGCCUCCAUGCCAGUGUUCUGAGGAAUGAGUCCAGCUCCCGCCGCUCAAGCAGCUCCACCAUGCUGGAUGGCACCGGGGCCCUGGGCAAGUUUGACUUCGAGAUCGCUGACCUCUUCCUGUUUGGGUGCCCAUUAGGGCUGGUCCUGGCCCUGAGGAAAACCGUCAUUCCUGCACUGGAUGUUUUCCAGCUGCGGCCAGCCUGCCAGCAAAUAUACAACCUCUUCCACCCCGCGGACCCAUCAGCCUCCCGCCUGGAGCCACUGCUGGAGCGGCGCUUCCACGCCCUGCCACCCUUCAGCGUCCCUCGCUACCAGCGCUACCCGCUGGGGGAUGGCUGCUCCACACUGCUGGUCGAGACCGUGCAGAGAAACCCUGAGCUGGUCCUGGAGGGCGGCCCCCUGGCCCCUCUCCCCCAAGGGAAUGGCUUCCUGGAAACCAGUAUCCCCGUUCCCGCGCUCACCUGGCAAGACGGGCCCCGCCAGAGCCCGGGCUGUGCUGAGUCGGAUGCACUCCAGACCCACAGCACAGUCUUCCAGGAGCAUGCAGCCCCCUCAUCACCUGAAACAGCCCCCACCAGCCGUGGCUUCCGCAGAGCCAGCGAAGUCAGCAUUGCCAGCCAGGUGUCUGGCAUGGCUGAGAGCUACACGGCAUCUAGCAUCGCCCAGAAGGCCCCCUCGUCGCUCAGCCACACCCCCAGUGUCAGGCGUCUGUCCCUGCUUGCCCUGCCCCCCCCAUCUCCCACCACCCCUGGCUCCCGCCCCCGGGCCAGGCAGGCAAGCCCCAGCCUGGAGAGGGCCCCCUGCCUCCCUGACUUGGACUUCAGAGAAGUCGCUGCAAAGUGGUGGGGCCAAAAGCGGAUCGACUAUGCCCUGUACUGCCCUGAUGCCCUCACAGCCUUCCCUACAGUGGCGCUGCCCCACCUCUUCCAUGCCAGCUACUGGGAGUCAACAGACGUGGUCUCCUUUCUGCUAAGACAGGUCAUGAGGCAUGACAGCUCUAGCAUCCUGGAGCUGGACGGCAAGGAGGUGUCUGUGUUCACCCCCUCACAGCCAAGAGAGAAGUGGCAGCGCAAGAGGACCCAUGUGAAGCUGCGGAAUGUGACAGCCAACCACCGGAUCAAUGACGCGGUUGCCAAUGAGGACGGCCCACAGGUUGUGACAGGCCGGUUCAUGUAUGGGCCCCUAGACAUGGUCACCCUGACUGGGGAGAAGGUGGAUGUGCAUGUCAUGAUGCAGCCACCCUCGGGUGAGUGGCUGCACCUGGACACACUGGUGACCAACAGCAGUGGGCGUGUCUCCUACACCAUCCCUGAAACGCACCGCCUGGGAGUGGGCGUCUACCCCAUCAAGAUGGUGGUCAGGGGAGACCACACAUUUGCCGACAGCUACAUCACUGUGCUGCCCAAGGGCACGGAGUUUGUGGUCUUCAGCAUUGACGGCUCCUUUGCCGCCAGCGUGUCCAUCAUGGGCAGUGACCCCAAGGUGCGGGCCGGGGCUGUGGAUGUGGUGCGGCACUGGCAGGACCUGGGCUACCUCAUCAUCUAUGUGACCGGCCGCCCCGACAUGCAGAAGCAGCGGGUGGUGGCGUGGCUGGCUCAGCACAACUUCCCCCACGGGGUGGUGUCCUUCUGUGAUGGCCUGGUGCACGACCCUCUGAGGCACAAGGCCAACUUCCUGAAGCUGCUGAUUUCCGAGCUGCACCUGCGCGUGCAUGCAGCAUACGGCUCCACGAAGGACGUGGCAGUGUACAGCUCCAUCAGCCUGUCCCCCAUGCAGAUCUACAUUGUGGGCCGGCCCACCAAGAAGCUGCAGCAGCAGUGCCAGUUCAUCACGGAUGGCUAUGCAGCCCACCUGGCCCAGCUCAAGUACAACCACCGGGCACGACCAGCCCGCAACACAGCCACCCGCAUGGUGCUGCGCAAAGGCAGCUUUGGUCUGCCCGGCCAGGGUGACUUCCUGCGUUCUCGGAACCACCUGCUCCGCACCAUCUCAGCCCAGCCCACGGGGCCCAGCCACCGGCAUGAGCGGACGCAGAGUCAGGCAGACAGUGAGCUGCGGGGCCAGCGCAGCAUGAGCGUGGCAGCCAGCUGCUGGGGCCGCACCAUGACUGGCCGGCUGGAACCUGGGGCAGCCAUGGGCCCCAAGUAGGGCACAUUAUAGGCGCUAUGGUCUCCAUGGUGCUAGGCCAGGGUGCCAGCCCCACUGGGAGGCCUGGCCUGGGAACAUGCCGGCAGCUGGGGACAAGCACAGAUGCAGCCUGGGAGCUUGUCCCAGGGCCCCUUGGAGGACAUAGCCAUGCCACACAGUCCUGUGUCCUAGGGUGGAGGGUUCCAGCUUAUUGUGGAAGCUGGCAGGACAACCAGCCCAGGAUGACAGAGGGACCAGGAUACCCCACUUAGUCUGGCCUGGGAGGCACUCCUGAACAUUUUUCCCUGCAUUGAUCUCCUAGCCUCCUGGUGCCACGUGUGGGUCCAGGCCCAACCUGCCACCGCCCUGUCCACUAGCUUCCCUUCCCCCAAGCCCCUCCUAUUUGGUAGCAGCUCCAACAGGAGUCCAGCCUGCUUCUUGUUGACUCCUGUUUCUCAACUGUUCAACCUCACUGGUUUUGCACUGAUUUUUGAGAGUGGAGACCCAUUACCAUCUCCUGUGGCUACAGAUUUGUUGAUAUGCAUGAAAAUUCAGUAUUUGCUGAUCAGAACUGGUCACUAACACAGAAGGUUCCAGUGUGGCAAAUCCUUGUGCAAGCAGGAGAGAAAGGCCAUAUCUUAAUUUCUGCAGCCCUGCCUGGCCUUCCAGCGCUGUGGCAGCCCUGGACUGCUGCCCACCUGUCCACCUGCCCCAUCUGGAGCCCAGUCUGGUCCCAGGCCCGAUGUCAUUCCCAGCCCUGAGCACAGUACAGGCACGAGGCUUGUGAAGCCCAAGUGGCCGCACCUUGGGCUGCAGGGCCUGGGCAGGCCUGGUCUCCACUUCCACUCCUUGCCUGCCAUGGGUCAGGCCCACCCACCCGCGUUUCUACGCCUUUCUACUUCUCAAUCUGAUUUCUAUGAUGUUUUUUUAAAUGAGCAAUCCUUGGCUGCUUCCUUUUCUUAACUCUUUCAGUAUAAGCGCAGCCCCUCUACAUUGGAAACACCCAGCACUGUGACGGAGUCCAGCCUGGUCUAGCCUGUGGGCCCUGCCCCUGGCCCACUCAGCGAGGUGUGGUCUCCCUGCCUCACCUGACCCAUUAAUUCCACUGAAUUUCUACUCUAGGGUGGGGCACACACUUAGGUUUUUUAUGCCAAUUCCGUUUCGAUGCUGAAUCUAAGAAGCCACAGCUCGCUUCGUUAGCUUAACAGCAGGCAGCCUCAACUUCAUUUCUCACCAGAACAAGGACACACUGUCCUGCACGCUGGGUCUGAGCACCUACCUUCCCAUCCCAGCACUGAGUGCGACCUCCUGUGCUUCUAUACCUUCCCUGAAGUGGGUGAGCCCACCUGGCCCCACCCCAGUCCAGUAACCAGGCUGUCCCUGAGACACUACCAAGCUGGACUCAGCCUCAGCUGUGUGGCUGGCCCAGGGAGGAACGCAGUGGGCGCUGACUUUCCUGUGUAGAUGUGUACAGAGGGAAAGCUAUUUAUUUUGUGCAGAGAAAAAUGUCUGGAGGAAAAGAACCUUCAGGGUUUAUUCAUAUUUAAGAUGUAGCUUUUUGUUGUUUCAGGAGUUACGUAUAAAGCAACAAUUAUUUUAUGGACCAAGUUUCCAUGUAAGUGUUGCAGUCAAGUGCAAUACUGGCCCCUCUGCUCCUGGCAGGAGCCCACUGGCCCGACAGUCACAGACAGACCCUGCCAGGGCCCUGCGGCCAAUGCCUCCUCUUGGCCCCACCUCACCCUGUCCUGCCUACUUCUCAGUGACCAGCCAUCCAGAGAAGCACCUGGAAGUCUUGGGCCCACCUGCAAUAAAGGCCAGAAGGCCUCCCAGCUGGGAGGCCCAGUGGGCAGCGGGCUCAACCUCUCCCCUACCCCCACCUGCCCAGCCGCCAGCCAUGCCAAGGACAACAGCAAUAGUCCCCUGGGCCUCUCCCAGGGCCCUCAGCCAUCGAUGGCGAGACGGGCAUCCUUUCCACUCUGUAUCCAGGUCUGCUCUCUGCCUCCCUAGGACUCCUUUGGCACAGUCUUCUCUUGAGGAGGAAGCACCAGUUUCCAAGAAGCUAAGAGGGAAGGCACAGUCCUUUAAAAUACCAAAAAUGUUUACAGCGUUGGGUGCUGAGCUGCAGGGCUCAGGCCUGACCAGUGGUAACCAAAGGGUGAGGCAGGCCUCGCUGACUGCCACCCCAUCCCAGGCCUGUUAGAAUAGAAGCCUUAUCACUCCCACCCCCACCCCAGACCCCAGGACUGAGCCUCAACGGCACCCAGCUCCAACCACCUGCCUUCUCUGAUUUCUAAAGAGGGAUUCCGCAGAGACCCUGCCCCAUCCAGUCCAGUCUUCACAUCUCGGCCCCUUGUCUGUCCUCGUGCUGUCUGUCUCUCUGGGCCAUGUGUGAGUGUGUCCUCACUCUCCCUCCCCUGCUGUCCCUGCAUCGUCAGCCUGAGUGUGCUCUGUAUGCAGCAUCACUAUCUGUUACACCAAUUAAAGAAGCAGGCGCU